CACCCCUUUCAUUCUUCCAUCAAGCAAAGAGUAAACUUAAACUUUCUCUUGAACAUGGGUUAUUUCAUUUUCAUUGCUCUCACUUUUGUGUUGAGCUUCCAUAUUCAUUUUACUCGAGGAAGUGAAUUGCGUCCUACUACCGAAACAAGCAGUUCAAAAAUAUACAUUAUUCAUGUGAAUGAGCCGGAGGGUAAGAUGUUUACACAAUCAGAUUCAGAAGAAGAUUUAGAAAGUUGGCAUCAUUCAUUCAUGCCAGCUACUGUUAUGAGCUCUAAUGAACAACCGUGGCGGAUGAUUUAUUCAUACCGAAAUGUGUUGAGUGGUUUUGCUGCAAGACUCACUCAAGAAGAACUUAGAGCUGUUGAACAGAAAAAUGGCUUCAUUUCAGCUCAUCCCGAAAGGACACUACGUCGUCAAACCACACAUACCCCAAGUUUCUUGGGGUUGCAGCAAAAUAUAGGAUUAUGGAAGGAUUCGAAUUUUGGAAAGGGAGUUAUUAUCGGUGUUCUGGAUUCAGGAAUCACACCUGAUCAUCCUUCAUUCAAUGACGCGGGCAUACCACCACCACCAUCCAAAUGGAAAGGACGAUGCGAACUUAAUGGUACGGCUUGUAACAACAAACUAAUUGGAGCAAGAUCCUUCAACAACGCGGUUACUAAAGCUGAGGCACCAAUUGACGAGGAUGGACAUGGGACUCACACAGCAAGUACAGCAGCUGGUGCUUUUGUCGAAAAUGCAGAUGUGCUAGGAAAUGCCAAAGGUACAGCAGCGGGGAUUGCCCCUCACGCUCACCUAGCAAUUUACAAAGUGUGCUUUGGUGAAGACUGUCCCGAGAGUGAUAUACUCGCAGCAUUAGAUGCAGCUGUUGAGGAUGGUGUCGAUGUAAUAUCAAUAUCGCUUGGUCUAAAUGAGCCACCUCCGUUUUUCAAUGACAGCACUGCCAUAGGCGCAUUUGCAGCAACACAAAAGGGAAUCUUUGUAAGUUGUUCAGCAGGAAACUCUGGACCUUCUGAAGGCUCCUUAGUUAAUGGAGCCCCAUGGAUCCUCACAGUCGGAGCUAGCACUAUUGACAGAAGCAUUGUAGCAACAGCAGUGCUUGGAGAUGGGGAAACAUUUGACGGUGAAUCUGUUUUCCAGCCUUCCGAUUUCUAUCCAACAUUGUUACCCUUAGCAUAUGCAGGAGUGAACGGCAAAGCAGAAUCUGCAUUUUGUGCUAAUGGAUCCUUGAAUGACAUUGAUUUCAAAGGAAAGGUUGUUUUGUGUGAGAGAGGAGGGGGUAUAGGAAGAAUUGCCAAAGGACAGGAAGUAAAAAGAGCAGGUGGUGCCGCCAUGAUUCUCACGAAUGAUGAAAUCAAUGGUUUCAGUCUCUCGGCUGAUGUACAUGUCCUACCAGCAACACAUGUAAGCUAUGCUGCUGGACAAAAGAUCAAGGCCUAUAUAAAUUCAACUUCAACGCCUACAGCAACCAUUUCGUUUAAGGGAACGAUUAUUGGAAACUCACAAUCCCCAGCCGUUGCAUCCUUCUCUUCAAGAGGUCCCAACUUGCCGAGCCCUGGGAUACUAAAACCAGAUAUCAUAGGACCGGGCGUGAACAUCCUAGCUGCCUGGGCAUUCCCUCUGGAUAACAGCACCAAUUCAAAACUCAAUUUCAACAUUGAGUCAGGCACAUCAAUGUCAUGCCCACAUCUUAGCGGCGUUGCUGCUUUGCUCAAAAGAUCUCAUCCUGAUUGGUCUCCGGCAGCCAUAAAAUCUGCCAUAUUGACUACCGCAGACACACUAACUUUAGAAAACAAACUCAUUGUUGAUGAAACACUUCAGCCGGCAAAUAUAUUUGCCACAGGUUCGGGUCACGUGAAUCCAUCAAGAGCAGAUGAUCCAGGGUUAGUAUAUGAUAUCCAACCUGAUGAUUAUAUACCUUAUCUGUGUGGUUUAGGCUACAGUGAUAGUCAAGUUGGAAUCAUUGCACACAAGAAAAUUAAGUGCACUGAGACGUCAAGCAUUCCCGAAGGAGAGCUUAACUACCCCUCAUUUUCUGUCGUGCUUGGCUCUUCACAGACAUUCACACGGACAGUGACAAAUGUCGGUGAGGCCUACUCAUCUUAUGUUUCCAUAGUUACGGCACCAAAAGGAGUUGAUGUGAAAGUAAAGCCAAAAAAGCUUUACUUUUCAGAAGCCAACCAAAAACAGACAUAUUCAGUGACAUUCAACCGUAUAGGGUAUGGUAAUAAGACAGGAGAAUAUGCUCAAGGAUUUCUAAAAUGGGUUUCUGCUAAACACACUGUCACGAGCCCUAUCUCGGCCAAAUUUGCUUAGGUGACAGGACAAUAAUAUAUCAAAGCAACAGUUUAUACUAGAAGAGAACAAGUGCAAUGGUAACUUGGUAAGAAAAUUGCCAUACUAGCCACAACAUUAAUAGAAAGAAAAAGGAGAUAACUCCCAUACCAGAGUUAUACUGGAUAUACUAUCCAACAUCCAAUCAUUUGAUGUCAUAUUAUUUCAUAUUUAAUUAUUUGUUAAGUGAAUUUAAAUUUUUGAUUAAUUUCGCCUAAUGAGUAUCAGACUAUCAGUAUCCUCCACUUUUCUCAUUGGUAUCAAAGAAUUCUCCAAAAACAAAUUACAUUGGGAUUAAAAUGCUUAUGGUAAUCAUUCCUCGCAGAAAUAUGUAUGGAUAAUGGAUAUAUACCAGAUACUUUGGCCUCUAUUCUAUACAUUUGUUAGACCAUCAAUUUAAAAUAUGCUAGAACACACUAAGAUUCAGCGGAA